AUGCAAUCCUCCAAAGUGGAGCGAGGGGGCGCCUCUCCGCCUGCUCAGACAACUUCAUCGGAUGAUGCCGACCUUACCUCGCCCGCCAAUCUUCGCAAACUGGUACUCAACUACCUCUUGCAUCACUGCUACAUCGACACUGCCACUGCCUUUGCCAAGGAUGGCAUCAUCGGAGACCUGUAUGGAGCAGAAGCCUCCAGCUCCGCUAUAUCAUCAGAAGCUGCAGGUACGAGCUCCACGGCCGCGCACGGAUCUACUCGAUCAUCCGCGGCAUCCAGUUCGAGGGGCAUGGCAAGCUCAGCCGCUGAGAAUGUACCCUCCACUUUCGCCUCGGGCUCGACCGGCGCCCGCCAAGCCCAUCCCUUGUCGGCCCCUCCGCUCUCGCGGGAUGACUCAAGCAUGGAAAUCGAAGUUGAGAAUCUGCUUCCCACGUCCUCGGAACACCCCGACACCCACCGUCGGGAGCACAGCAACGGCUUCUCCAAUGGCGCUUCCGCUCCCUCAAACGGUCGUUCACUCCGAUCAAGAGGCGGUGCAGGCAGUCCCGAAAAAGUGCAGGAUGAUGAUGAGGACAUCGAGGUUGCGGAGCUCGCGUCAUCCGAUCUCGACGAGGCAGAAGACGACCCGGAUAUCGACAUCAGCCCUGAUCUCACCGCGGAAGACCUCCGAGGCGUCCGUGCACGCAAACAGAUCAAAGAUCACAUCAUCUCGGGUCAGAUCCGACAAGCCAUGGACAUGAUCAACGAGUACUUUCCCACUGUGCUCAAUAGCAGUGGUGGCAAUGGUGGCAGCUCGAAUGGAUCCAAGUCGACGCGAUCAAAGGGCGGCUCUUCCAGCGCUUCGAGCUCGAGUCCGAGCGACAAGGUGCUGCCAGCCAACCCUACCUCGAUGGAGCCCGACCACCUGCUCCUCAACCUGCAGAUCCAAGUGUUCAUCGAGGCCAUUCGUUCAGCAUCCUCUGCCCAGCUGGCGCCUGCCACGUCCUCGCUGAGCGCCUCAAACGGCGGUCUUCCCUCGCUAGCAUCCACCACGCCUGGCAUAGCAGCGUCGGCCAUCUCACGAGCAGCCUCCCCUGCACCCUCCACUUCAUCCUCCAACGGCUCCGGCACAUCCGCCACGGGCAACGCUGCGCUCAACCCGGCGCUCCACUCCGCCCUUGCCUACGCCCAAGGUCUCUACGCAUCCGCCCAGAAGCUGCCCUCCUUCUGGCGCGCCAUGUACCUCAAAGAGCUCGAGCAGGUGACAGCCCUUCUGGCUUAUACGGACGUCGAGCACUCGCCCGUGCGUCGCUUCCUGCACAAGUCGCGCAAAGUGGCGCUGGCCGAACAGGUCAAUUCGGCGAUCCUGCUGCGGAGCGGCAAACCGAGUCAGCCGCUGGUGGAGGUGGCUGUGCGACAGACGACACUGCUGUGGAACCACUUGUUGGCGGAUGAGGUGCAGGUGCCGCUGGGUCAUCCGGUGUUUGGGCUUGUCGCGGGUGGUGGGUUCGAGGAGGCGGGGGCGGGAAAGAAGGGCGCGAGCGGGAAGAGAUUGCCCCCGUGGAAGUUCAGGACGUUUUUGCAGGAGAGGUGA